AACAUACCCCACUCAAAUCAAAACAAAAUUUUGUUGUUGAUACACGUGAAAUAUAAGGAAAGGAUGAGGAAUUCUAACAUGAGCCUUAAGGAUAAGGAAGCAAGGGGAAAACAGAAGGCUCUUCCAAAACUAAAAACUAUUUUAGCGAAUCCAGCAAAGAAAAAGAGUCCAAUUUUAAGUGAAGAUGAACUUGUCCAACUAGAGAAUAUAUUGCAAACAGCGAUUUCUAAUAGCGGCAUGGAAGCCAAAAAAUUUGUCACCGCUAAACAUAUUCACUUAGGUUUGGAAAGUGGCCUGCGGACAAUAAAUAACCAGCAAAGUUCUUGUGUUUUCAUUUCAUUGAGUAUUAAACCCAGUCAUAUAGCAUCGUUGGUGGCUCGCAAUGCCGAAAUUAAGGAUGAAACUCAACCCGUAUAUGCUCAACCUCGUUUGGAAGAAUUCACAGAAAAAUUAUUCGGUAUAAGAACGCUCUGUAUGGUUUUGCCCAAAAACCUUGAUGAUAUUAGUGAGGAUUUAUACAAAUGGGUUGAGCAAAGAAGAAAACCUAAAAGGGUGAAGAAAGAAGUUGUGCCCAUUAAGAAACCCAAAAGGAAAUCUAGUAACAUUAAAAGAGAUAACAACCCAGAAAAUGUUGAGGAAUCUGUUAAAUCGCCAGAAUUAUCUACUGGCACGGACAAAGAUUCCUGGAAAGGUGAUUAUAUUUCAUUUGGCAAAGGAAGUGUUGUCAAGAGAGAAACAAGUUUACAAGAUGAAAAUGUAGCCCUCGAUACAUUAUCACGAAUUAUGGAUAAUAUACCAAAAAUCCAAAUUAAAUCAAAAGAAGAAGUACAACCUAUGGAAGUGUCAUUGCAAGAUGAUUCCAGUUCAUGUGUAAAGGAACCUCAAGAUAUUCAAAAUUCAGAUUCUGACGAUGAAUCAGUUGAUUUCUUAGGUGAAUACAAAUCACUUGUUGUACAUAAAAUCAAACCGAACCCCAACAAAAAGCCUAAAAAGAAAAGAAAUAAGAAAAAUUCGAAAAAUAAAAUCAUUAAAAAAUAACAAUAGAAAAUGUAGUUCCUUUAACAAAAGAGUGUUCUCAAUCA